UUCCGGCCUCAGCUCACUCUAGACCGCGGCUCACUCUACGCUUCUGGCCAUGGCUGACUCUAGGCUUCUGGCCUCUACUCACUCAAGCCGGCCUCAGCUCACUCUAGACCGCAGCUCACUCUAGGCUUCCAGCCUCGGCUCACUCUAGAACACGGCUCAUUCUAGACCGUGGCUCACUCUAGGUUUCCAGCCUCGGCUCACUCUAGACCGCGGCUCACUCUAGACUGCAGCUCACUCUAGGCUUCCGGCCUCCGCUCACUCUAGACCGCGGCUCACUCUAGACUACGGCUCACUCUAGACUGCAGCUCACUCUAGGCUUCCGGCCUCAGCUCACUCCAGACCGUAGCUCACUCUAGACCACAGCUCACUCUAGGCUUCCGGCCUCAGCUCACUCUAGACCGCGGCUCACUCUACGCUUCUGGCCAUGGCUGACUCUAGGCUUCUGGCCUCUACUCACUCAAGCCGGCCUCAGCUCACUCUAGACCGCAGCUCACUCUAGGCUUCCAGCCUCGGCUCACUCUAGAACACGGCUCAUUCUAGACCGUGGCUCACUCUAGGUUUCCAGCCUCGGCUCACUCUAGACCGCGGCUCACUCUAGACUGCAGCUCACUCUAGGCUUCCGGCCUCCGCUCACUCUAGACCGCGGCUCACUCUAGACUACGGCUCACUCUAGACUGCAGCUCACUCUAGGCUUCCGGCCUCAGCUCACUCCAGACCGUAGCUCACUCUAGACCACAGCUCACUCUAGGCUUCCGGCCUCAGCUCACUCUAGACCGCGGCUCACUCUACACUUCUGGCCAUGGCUGACUCUAGGCUUCUGGCCUCUACUCACUCAAGCCGGCCUCAGCUCACUCUAGACCGCAGCUCACUCUAGGCUUCCAGCCUCGGCUCACUCUAGAACACGGCUCAUUCUAGACCGUGGCUGACUCUAGGUUUCCAGCCUCGGCUCACUCUAGACCACGGAUCACUCUAGACUGCAGCUCAAUCUAGGCUUCCGGCCUCAGCUCACUCUAGACCGCAGCUCACUCUAGACCGCUCACUCUACACCGCAGCUCACUCUAGACUGCAGCUCACUCUAGGCUUCCGGCCUCAGCUCACUCUAGACCGCGGCUCACUCUACGCUUCUGGCCAUGGCUGACUCUAGGCUUCUGGCCUCUACUCACUCAAGCCGGCCUCAGCUCACUCUAGACCGCAGCUCACUCUAGGCUUCCAGCCUCGGCUCACUCUAGAACACGGCUCAUUCUAGACCGUGGCUCACUCUAGGUUUCCAGCCUCGGCUCACUCUAGACCGCGGCUCACUCUAGACUGCAGCUCACUCUAGGCUUCCGGCCUCCGCUCACUCUAGACCGCGGCUCACUCUAGACUACGGCUCACUCUAGACUGCAGCUCACUCUAGGCUUCCGGCCUCAGCUCACUCCAGACCGUAGCUCACUCUAGACCACAGCUCACUCUAGGCUUCCGGCCUCAGCUUACUCUAGACCGCGGCUCACUCUACGCUUCUGGCCAUGGCUGACUCUAGGCUUCUGGCCUCUACGCACUCAAGCCGGCCUCAGCUCACUCUAGACCGCAGCUCACUCUAGGCUUCCAGCCUCGGCUCACUCUAGAACACGGCUCAUUCUAGACCGUGGCUCACUCUAGGUUUCCAGCCUCGGCUCACUCUAGACCGCGGCUCACUCUAGACUGCAGCUCACUCUAGGCUUCCGGCCUCCGCUCACUCUAGACCGCGGCUCACUCUAGACUACGGCUCACUCUAGACUGCAGCUCACUCUAGGCUUCCGGCCUCAGCUCACUCCAGACCGUAGCUCACUCUAGACCACAGCUCACUCUAGGCUUCCGGCCUCAGCUCACUCUAGACCGCGGCUCACUCUACACUUCUGGCCAUGGCUGACUCUAGGCUUCUGGCCUCUACUCACUCAAGCCGGCCUCAGCUCACUCUAGACCGCAGCUCACUCUAGGCUUCCAGCCUCGGCUCACUCUAGAACACGGCUCAUUCUAGACCGUGGCUCACUCUAGGUUUCCAGCCUCGGCUCACUCUAGACCGCGGCUCACUCUAGACUGCAGCUCACUCUAGGCUUCCGGCCUCCGCUCACUCUAGACUACGGCUCACUCUAGACUGCAGCUCACUCUAGGCUUCCGGCCUCAGCUCACUCUACACCGCAGCUCACUCUAGACUGCAGCUCACUCUAGACCGCUCACUCUACACCGCAGCUCACUCUAGACUGCAACUCACUCUAGGCUUCCGGCCUCAGCUCACUCCAGACCGUAGCUCACUCUAGACCACAGCUCACUCUAGGCUUCCGGCCUCAGCUCACUCUAGACCGCGGCUCACUCUACGCUUCCGGCCAUGGCUGACUCUAGGCUUCUGGCCUCUACUCACUCAAGCCGGCCUCAGCUCACUCUAGACCGUGGCUCACUCUACACCGCAGCUCACUCUAGACUGCAGCUCACUCUAGGCUUCCGGCCUCAGCUCACUCUAGACCGCUCACUCUACACCGCAGCUCACUCUAGACUGCAGCUCACUCUAAGCUUCCGGCCUCAGCUCACUCUAGACCGUGGCUCACUCUAGACUGCUCACUCUACACCGCAGCUCACUCUAGACUGCAGCUCACUCUAGGCUUCCGGCCUCAGCUCACUCUAGACUGCGGCUCACUCUAGACCGCGGCUCCCUCUAGACCAUGGCUCACUAUAGACCACAGCUCACUAUACGCUUCCGGCCAUGGCUCACUCUAGGCUUCUGGCCUCUACUCACUCAAGCCGGCCUCAGCUCACUCUAGACUGCGGCUCACUCUAGACUGCUCACUCUACACCGCAGCUCACUCUAGUCUUCUGGCCUCAGCUCACUCUAGACCGUAGUUCACUCUAGACUACAGCUCACUCUAGGCUUCCGGCCUCAGCUCACUCUAGACCGCGGCUCACUUUAGACAAUGGCUCACUAUAGACCACAAUGUUUUUUUUAACCUUGAACCACAUAAACACAUUUCAUUACACCAAAUACACAACAUAAUGUUAUUUUUGGCAGCAUCAUAUUACCCCUUAAAGUUUUGUUUUCACCUGAGGUUUUAGUGGUCAUUGUAAACAUUCGGUUUCUACCCCAACUCAAAUUUGCUCACAUUUAAUGUUAAGUACAAAAAAAGUAAAAUCUUUGAAAAUAUAUAUAUUUUUUGGCCUCUAGGAAUUUGAUGUUUGCUCAUGUGCCUUUAUUAGUGAGCAUAGAAUGCUUGUACUGAAACCAACUCAAAACUACAUUGAUUGAAAAUAGAAAACGUUUCAGUAAUUAUUUUGUUUGUACUGUGGUGAUGUGGACAUUUAUUUAUAUCCUCUUUCUAUUUAAGGAAAACAGCCAUUGUAGUGAAUCAUCAAUAUCAUUUGAUUACAGCUGUGCUAUUGUUUUGUUGCACUCUUUGGGGAUGAAAACUAUUGAAUUGAGCCCUUUUCUUGUCUAAUUUGUAAAUAAGAAGAAAAAGUUAUUUAAUGGAAUUCAUAGUUGAAGUUAUAAUAUGGAACAAUGAUAUUUAAUAUAAAAGACAAUACCAUUUCAAAAGAAAGGUAAUACAAGACCAAAUGUCACAAUGUAUCAAUAUGAUUUUUUUUCUUUUGAUUAUUAAAAUGAUGUACCAUUGCCAUGAGAAUUACUCUUUAUUGAGAUUUAUUUUACAACAGUCACAUUAGAAAUGGGCGAUUCCUUGAGGAUGUCUAAGUCUCAUUUAAUCAAUGCCUUGACAAUUUUGGUUUCAUAUUCUAUAUAAAAGCUCAUUCAGUUCUCUAAAACUGAUCUGCAAGAGAAAUAUUAGUGACAUCUUUGUAUUUGUUCCAGCAUGUCAGUUGAUGCUGAGUAAGUUUUGACAGCAUUAUCAGAUGGAAGUUUUGCUGAUGACCUAUGUUUGAAUUGAUGAUAUUUAGGAAACCUGAUAGGUGUAGAGUAAUCCACCUUCAUGUGUUAGGUCACGCAUUGAAAUAAUCACAAACAAAUAUAAAUAGUACACUUUCUUAGUACUGAACACCACAAUGCGGGUUUAUGUCAUUAAUCUGUCAAACAUACUGCAUAUUUUGUCCUCUGGAUUACUAUAAAUGCUGUAUGUGCAUAUGUGUGCGUGUGAGCCUAAACUACUUUGUUAUGGAAACAUUGAAGUAGGAGAUAAGAACAUCCUGACUUGUGAAAUAGAGCAGUGGGCGUGAUUUUGGUUUUCCGCUGAGUUUGACCAUCGAAUGAAGAGAAUAUAAGGUGAGAUGUGGUCAUUUACACACCACUCCAGUCAAAACGUAUUUCAUUGACUCAGACACUUACCAAACCCACUCCCAAAAUCAUGGAAUCUGCCAUUAACGUGCUCGUCUCCCAGUUCAAGACUUACGCAGCGAAAGAUGGCUCUGCGAACACUCUGAGCAAAGAAGAGUUUCAGAGCCUGGUCACUUCCCAGCUACCAAACUUUGUAAAGAAUGCCUCUGACCCAGCCACCAUUGAUCAGCUCAUGAAGUCAUUGGACGAGAAUAACGACGGAGAGCUGACGUUCCUGGAGUUCUGGAAACUGAUUGGCAGCGUUGCGAACCAACAUGGCGGCUUUAGCCAAUAAAGAAACCUGAAGUAUUAGUCUACUUGAAGAAAAUCACUUUAAUUUUACCUUGUGACUUUCUUAUGUGAUUAUAACAUUCUGCAAAUAACUAUUGUCCAAAGCAGGUGAAGGCAAAUAAAAGAAAGAGUUGUUUUAUUCUUUAGGUAA